AUGACGGACGCUAACAAAAUCCAAGAGGAGGUCCUUGUCCUCAAGGCCAAGCGUGCCAACGCCGAGAAAAAGAACGAAGAAGUGGUUGUUGCCCUCGAAGCCAAACACGCAGUGGCUAACGUAGAGGCCGACAAGUCAGAGAAGGAAAAAACCAAAACGCCAAAGCUCCGCGGGAAUCCCAAACUGAAGAGCUCCUUGCCUCUAUCGUACAGGCGCUGA